AAAAACAAAAACAACCUACCGAAGGUAGAUGUCAGCACGGAUUGUGAACAGUUCGCGCCACUGCGCAAACGGGUCUUUAACCUGAAAACGGACGUCAAAAAACACGUGUGCGUUAACGAGUGAUUCAUUCAGAAGAAGAAAACAGAAUUAUUUUGUCGAGUAUUUUCGUUUCUCAAACAUGGAAAGAUUCAAGAGCAUUGACUGGUUGCCCGCAAUAGAAGAUGUGGUAGAGGAUGUAUUCAUCAAAGGCGAAAGAUUGGAACGAGAGAGCGUUAUGUAUCAAAUAUUGAACGGUUGCUUCAGAGAUCCGCUCGAGGAUAUUGACGAAGAGUACGAGCAAGUUGAUCUCGAUCGUAUAAGACAGUUGGAUCCCGAUCUUUUUCGUAAAGAAAACACACGUAAACGUGAGAUAACAAAUAAUCGUAAUAAAAGCGAGAACAACGACGAGAGUCAGAAUUCAUCGGAGCAGAAAAACAAAAGAAGCAAUUAUAUACCCGGUUUGAGAAAGCAAUCGUUUCAUUUUCCCAAAAAGUCUUGCUUGAACAAAAUUCAGCAAGCUACGUGUCUUCGCGCUCUGUUGCGAUUAACCAGCAACGAGAAGAAAGCGAUGACAAGUGAAGAGAGAAACGAUCUGGAGAGAUAUUGCGAGCUGAGAGAAAAAAUAACGGCAGAACAGAAUGAGUUCCUAGAAUUUGCUAAAAAGAAAUGGGAUAGCAGUUUUAAGUGGAAUAUCAAAUGUAUGAAAUUUGUGUACUUGAAGUGGAAAGCAAAAGUGGACAAACUUCUCAAACUUCCUAAUGAAUAUGUCGAAAUGACCAGUAUACCACUUUCUGUUGCGGAAACUCCCGCUUUGAACAAAGAUAUCAAAAUAAAAUUUAUAAGUUAUUUGAAGGAGGGUCAUCUUACGAAUGUAACGUUGCCUGACCUCACCCGUCCUUAUUUUCUAAACAUAAAUACUGAUAUACUGCUCGAAGAAUAUUUGUACACUUCGUCUGAAAAGCAACAUUUCAAAUUAUCAGUAAGCGAGGAUAGUUGCUGCGAGAAUUUUGCGACGAACAACAAGGUGGACGUCGUCAUUUCUUCCAGCGGUCUGAAAUGUCUGCUGAACAACAUCGAUCCGCAGUAUUCGAAUUUGUGGACCAUUUCGGUGGUCGUUAAGUCGCAUAACGACAGAAAUGUCGUUUAUAUCGACAAAAGAUUGCCACCCACAACUGCUACUAUAUCGCAAAAAAAUACAUGGGUGUACAAAUAUAUUCUCAGAUAUCACUUUGUCAAAAAGAGUCAGAAAAGAAAGAACGAAGCAGAAGACGAAUUCGAAGCUGAAAGCGCAACUAUCAAGAACUCUUUGUCUGAUAUUGCGAGCGACGAAAAUUUACCGGAUUUAGACAAAAACCUAGAUGAUCACGGAAGUGAUAGCGAGACUGAUUCUACAUCGAAUAAUCGCUCGAACGUAUCGUAUAAGCUCUUCACAAUAGGGCCGUGUUUGUCUUCGGAUUACUCGAAACUAAUGAAAGAAGAGAUGAAAGAAUUUCACAUGCUGGUCCGUACGAAAACAGACGGUGUAGAGACAAUUCUGGAUGAUAAAGUACCUGUAAUGCUAGACCCGAAGAUGGAACAUCAGCUAGGACUUGGAGCUGAAGCUAUAACAUUAGAAGAAGGGAUAAACCAAUGGAUGUCGUUGAUAGUUAGACCAAACACAUCGAUAGCACGAGUAAGGAUAGCAACGGAUACAGCAGAAAUAAUACAAAUAGACAGACCUACUAAGAUGUCGCUCAGUAACGAAAUAAAUAAUUUGUACAAAAUUAAGGUGGAGGAUUCUUUAUGCGUUCUGUAUAACAUAAUCAGAAAUUUAUCGAGUUUGACGCCCGGUCGAUAUAUUUUGCGACAUGAGCCGCAACACGGUGCGUUUGCGUACGUUUACAAACAUUCUGAAGAAUGUUCUGCAAAUAAUUUUACACCGAGGAAAACUCGGUUUAAGUUACAUGAGAAUUGGAACUCGAGCUUCGAAACUACCACCGUCACACCGUGGCCGUUACUGGAUACCAUGACGACGAUACCGUCGCUCAGAUUCUUGAAGAGAAUGCCCGCUAUGUUCAAUCCUCGACUUACUCAGAUUAGAGGACGUCCAAAGAAACUUCAAACUCCAUUAAAAGCCAGCAUUGAUGAACCAGAAACAAAAAAACCAGGUCGCAUCCUUAGACGACGAAAACGGAGAAUUCUUAGAAAACAACUAAGUAAGAAAUAAAAAAAAUAAUAUACAUCUCUAAAUGUUCUGGCAGUUUCGGGGCGUGAGUCUUGUUGGUUGUGUUUCCACAAAUGAUGGCUUUUUAUUAUAUGAUAAAGUUUUAGAUUUAUUUGUAUCUCUCACAAAAAUGUUAUAUAUAUACAU